GUGAACAAAUUGUGUGCUUACAACUAUCACAAAUCCUACCGUUCACAAUACGAAAACUCGAGGAUUUACAAAAGUCAGUUUAAUACCGUGAUUAUUGUGGGACUUAUCAACUGAUCAAUAUAACAACGAGGACACGCAAGCAAACCGGUUUUCGCUCACUGUUUCAAUUGAGUGAAAAUAUAUUACAGUUGGAGAUAGUGAAAUUUAUUACAGUAAAGAAAAGAUCGGGAUCUGGUCAGUGAUGGGAAUAUUUAAUAAAGUUGUUCGUACAAAUGGUUUAAGAAAAGUGUGCAUUUUUGUAGCUGUGUUCUUCUUUUUUACUUUUGCGAUUCUUAGUUUGGAACGGAGAUUUGAUCUGAAGAUUUUGUUCAAUAAACCAGACGGACUUAAAACACGUGCACCUGAUAUCGUGUACAGCCCGUGCAGACACAUUCCAGCGGCACCGGAAGUUCUAGGAACGUGGCCUGAAGAAUUAUAUUUAAAUUACACGGAUAUUGAAGAUCUACUUGACCUUCCCGACCCGUCAAGGUCAACGGUCGAGCUGAAUGGAAACGGCCACUUGACAAUCGGAGAUCACGUGUACGUGACUAUCACGCUAUUUGACCAUCAUGGACGGAAACGACGUAAAGGUGGUGACGUGGUUCGAGCCUGGCUGGCGGAGCCGUCAUUAGGAGCUGCUGCGUCCGCCCGAGUGGUGGACAACAAUGACGGAACUUACCGAGCACAAUUUGUGGUCUUUUGGGAAGGGAGACCGGAAGUUAGAGCUGCCAUAAUUAUGACGAGGGAGGCAGUUUCUACGGCGUACAAACGACGGUACACGUGCCCGCCCGUGGAAGUAAACACUGCUGUAUUUAUUCAUCCGCGUGAUUUAAGUAUCGCAGAAGAGACUCCGUGUAGUUUUUACCCUUACAUAAGCGGAUAUGACGUCAUCUGCAACCUGACAGACGACAACUUUCGGCGGCCAUGGUACUGCGGAAAACCAAGAAACACGAAACUUCUUUGCUCUGAUUGGACACUGUCAUCCGAGCGGAAUCUAUGGCAGCUGAACACGGAGCAGAAACAUAUGACGUCCACACAACUGGAACUGAUAUCUUUGAGUAACAACGCUUUACCGCUGAAGACCGGCAUUUUUCUCAACGUUACCUCAGAUUGUUCUUCACAUCAGUUCAAAACAGAUCUGAAAUGUGAUUUGCGCGCAUUGGAAAGUGCGCGGAAAACUUCUACAGCAGAUGGGUACUUAUACGAAAAGAAAUGGUACAACAAAAUAUGCAGGUCUCAAUUUAGUUUCGUGCAACUGACGAAAUACCUUAACAAUGUCAAAAUGGUCUUAAUUGGCGAUUCGACCUCGAGGCAAUUUUUCUACGAAAUGCAAAAUCUUGUGACGUGCGAAUUUACAACAGACACGUGGGAUCUCGCGGGGAAACAUCAUGAGGUACGAUGUGAGAACGAGACAUUGAAAUUCAGCCUCACUUGGAAACCUCAUGGACUUCCGUUCUGUACAACCAAUACACCGCAUCAGUAUUUCCGACCUCUUAGUGUUCAUUUAAAUGAAUACAGUAAAGCCGACAAAUUGCUGUUAGUUCUGCACGGCGCUGCCCAUUUUUAUAACUUUCAUUCGCACGUGUUUUAUGAGUAUGUGAAAGAGAUGAAAUCGACUGUGGAAGCAGUAUUGAUAUCCCACCCGCGUUCAUUUAUUGUUAUCAAAGGACCCAAUGCAUUUUCAUUUUCAAAAUCGACCGAUCAUUUUAUUUGGAUGCCGGACUCGUAUGCGGCAGUUUACGAGAAAUUUGUUCGCGAUGUUUUUAGCGAUCUACAAAGCGACAGACUGAUGUUUCUAGAUAUGAUGGACAUUACAGUAGCUACAGAACAGUGGCAUAUACAUUCAGAGAAGUUUAUAAUUCACGAGAAACUUUCAGAGAUAUUUGCUUUCUAUAGUACAUUCAGUGAAACCUUGAGCUAAUGAGACACAAUUUCUAUUAUGAACUAUAUACAAAAUGUCGCUGUGGCGUAGUGGGUAUGUUGUCCGCAUAGCGAUCCGGAGGUCGCGGGGUUUAUGUUUUUUUUUAAAAUAAAUAGGUUUAAACUUAAUUAUGGUUAUUUUAUUUAUUAUUGAACACUUUUUGCGGGCGGAUGGGCGAGGCUUUCGUUCUCCAAGUAUUAUAGCAAAUCGAAUGUUCAUCAAACCUUUUGGAAAUGUAAGUUAACCAACCAUUUCACACUACGCAUUUCAAUUGUAGUUCCCCUUUAACUAUGCACACAAUUUGUAAUUAACCGUGUCCACUCCCACACUCUGAUAGUUUUUCAUCCAAUCUUCGCCAAAUUUUGUGCACUGGUCAGUUGACUUAAAAUGAAAGCCAAGUACGAUCUCCGGCGUAUUCACACUAGGCACCUCGGAGAUAAUAACAUAUUUUAAUAACCGAAAUUUGAAAAUCUGCCCUCUUAUUCAUACCGUUUUCUCUGAAUUUUAACCAAAUUUUCUGGAUAAUUAUGUUUGUUUACAUAAAUGUUUUGAUAACCAGUCAAUAAGUACCAGGUCCUCUUGCGCUUUGUAUGCAAAAUUGCGAAAUGUGCCGUUUCCACUCCCUUUCUUUUACAGUUUUAACCCAUUUAUGCCUAGUGGACUCUCCCAUCCUUCUAAAUUGGAUCAAUUUAUUUCCAAAAUUAAGAUGUCUAGUAUAUUUGUUUCUAUAUUAAGAAUAUUCUUACAGAAUUUCUUUUAAGCAAACAGCGCAGACCAAGAUGAGACGCCGCAUCAUGCGGUGUUCUUGUACCUGGCAAGUUGAAUUUUACCUUGACCUUUGAAUGACCUUGACUCUCAAGGUCAAAUUAUUAAAUUUUGCUAAAAUUGCCAUAACUUCUUUAUUUAUGAUAAGAUUUGAUUGAUACUUUGACAAAACAACUCUUACCUGACAUACCACAAUAGACUCCACCCAAACCAUCCCCCACGUCCUC